AUGGUACAAAGCGGUUUCUCUAAGAGGAUAAGUCAUCUUCUUCUUCAUCAAACUUGGAAGGUAAUGGCAAGCAAUGACCGAGUGCCCCCUCCCCACCUCCGGCGCCCUCUUCCUGGCCGGAGCAUGGUCCAUCCUGAUCCUUAUGGUCCUCCAAUUCAUCCUCCACCUGGUGGUUUCCCUCUAGAAAUGUUGCCUCCUGAAGUUAUGGAACAAAAGCUUACUGCACAACAUGUUGAGAUGGACAAACUUGCGAAUGAAAAUCAGAGGCUUGCCACUACCCAUAGAACUCUUAGACAAGAUCUUGCUACUGCUAAGCAUGAGUUGCAGUUUGUACAUGCUCACAUUGCUGAUAUGAAGGCUGAGAAAGAACAACACACAAGAAGAUUAAUGGAUAAAAUUGCGAGGAUGGAGGCUGAACUUCAAGCUGCAGAGUCCAUCAAAACAGAGUUGCAGCAAGCACAUACUGAAGCUAAGGGCUUGUUUGCUGCAAGGCAGGAACUAAUUUCCCAAGCACAACAAGUGACACGCGAUCUUCAGAUGGCUCACUCUGAGGCACAGCAGAUUCCUGCUUUAAUGUCUGAACUUGAGAGCCUGAGACAGGAGUACCAGCAUUGCAGGGCUACGUACGACUAUGAGAAGAAAUUAUACAGUGACCAUCUUGAGUCGCUUCAGGUGAUGGAGAAGAACUAUAUGGCAAUGUCUAGAGAAGUGGAUAAGCUUAGAGCAGAGUUAACUAAUUCCACAAACUUUGACCCGCGAACAGGAGUGCCAUAUGGUGGCUCAGCUGGUUACAGUGGGGGUGUUCCCAUGAGCAACUAUGCUACAUAUGAUGGCUAUGGCUUACCACAGGAGGGCCAAAACCCAGUUUUAGGAGGGGGUACUGGUGCUGGAGCUACUGGCACUGGGAGUGGAGCACGUGAUUCUGGCACUGGGGUUACUUCUCCACAUGUUGUAGCUCAAUCUGCACCUGGUGGUUUGGGGGUAACAUCAAAAAUGCCCGGCUACGAUGCACAGAGAGGACCUACUGGACCCGGCUACGAUGCACAGAGAGGACCAACUGGUCCCGGCUACGAAGCACAGAGAGUACCAACUGGUCCCGGCUACGAUGUAGAGAGAGUAUCAACUGUACCCAAUUACAAUGCACAGAGAGGACCAACUGGACCCGGUUACGAUCCGCAGAGAGGACCUGUUGGUGCCUCUGCUUAUGAAAUGCAGAGAGGACCUAAGCAAGACACUCAGAAGGGACCAGCGUAUGAUGGUCAAAGACCGCCACCUACUUAUGAUUUUAGAAGAGAUUCAGGAAAUGACGUGCAACGGGGAUCUAACUAUGAUCAGCAGAAAGCUGCUGGCUACGAUCCAUUGUCUCGAGGUGCUGUCGGGCCCCAAGGACAGGUACCUAUUGACAAUAUACAUCAUGCAUCAGCACCACCACCUCCUACUCGUCCCAGUGGUGGAUAUGAGGCACCCGGACGAGGUGGAAACCCCGUUCACAGAUGA